UCCCCAAAAUCCCUCCAGAGCAGAUAAAUUCACUGACAAUCACCUUUGAAAAAGUUCAAAAUGAGAAGGUACAGGGAUGAUUCAGGCGGCGGUCGCGACGCAUACGGUAGCGCCGCAGCUCAAAUGAAUCAUCAUCAGCAGCAGCAAAACAGGUCUGGGUAUUACCAACGGCGCCACCAAGAGCAGCAAGAGAAGGACCCUAAUCAUCAUCAUAACCAAUGGCGAUGGGACAGAGAUGGCAGUCACAAUAAAUUGCCUAUGAAUUCCAUGUCACCCAAUGCAUCAUUCGACGAAGGUCAAGGAUAUCAAGUAGCUAGAUCCUAUUACCAAGAUCAGAGGCCAGAUCCUCAGAUGUCAUUAGAAAAACAAAGUGGCAGUGAUCCUAAACAUCAGCCUCGUGGAGAGAAUAUGGACAUAGGUUAUGAAGAUAAUCGCAUAUCACAGACUUUUGAUGGUCUUGAGCAGAGAUUCCUUGAUGACAUCAUGAAAUUGAGUAAGGAACAAACUGAUGCUGAGGAUGUGGAAAAUGCUAGCCAUCGGGAGAAAAUAAACACAAUCAACAUACAAUAUCAAGAGCAGCUAGCUGCUCUUCGAACUCGACAUGCCGCUCGAAGGAAUGAGUUUCUUCAGAGGGAGUCCCGUGCAAGGCAACAGCAAUACCAGCGGGCAGCAAUGGACCAAUAUCGGAACAGUCACAUGGGCACUAGUGAUCCUCAUGGAUACAGUGCUAGAACUUCUCCCGCAAGGGAUCCACAUCGAGUAUACAAUGCUGAUCAAUAUGAUUCUUACAGGGAACAAAGUCGGUUUUCAGGCAGUGCAAGGGAUCAGGGAUUUGAGCCUAAAGUUCAAUACUCGGGAGGCCGGGUUUAUGACACUGGUUCCGGCCAUUAUUGAUCAAAUCAAUCAGGAUAGCAUCGAAACUUAUCUCGAUUUUGUGCUCUACAUGCCAAUCUGUUACUAGUUAGGCUACAUGUACUGAUAUGCUAUCUAAUAUUUUCUUACUUUAAAGUUUUGUUUAUUCUUUUCGGACACCACGAUUAGUAUCUCGGUAAUGUACUUUAUUUCGUUAGUUAUGUC